GUCUCUUAAGUCAAUUUUAAUCUAUGCCUUAGUUCAGAGGAGUAGUUCCUUUCUUGUUUGAUAUCGUGUGGCGUCGUAAGUCAAUAUGGGGCGCCGACCAGCAAGAUGUUAUCGAUAUUGUAAGAACAAGCCGUAUCCAAAAUCAAGAUUCUGUCGUGGUGUACCGGACCCAAAGAUUCGCAUCUUCGAUCUUGGGAAAAAGAAAGCUUCAGUGGAAGAUUUUCCAUUAUGUGUGCAUUUAGUGUCCGAUGAAUAUGAGCAACUUAGUUCAGAAGCACUUGAAGCAGGACGUAUUUGUGCGAAUAAAUAUAUGGUGAAAAAUGCUGGAAAGGAUCAGUUCCAUAUUCGUAUGAGACUUCAUCCAUUCCAUGUUAUUCGCAUCAACAAAAUGUUAUCGUGUGCUGGAGCUGAUAGGCUCCAAACUGGAAUGAGAGGAGCUUUUGGUAAACCACAAGGUACUGUAGCUAGGGUACAUAUCGGGCAACCUAUAAUGAGUGUACGCUCAUCAGACCGUCAUAAGGCUGCUGUUGUCGAAGCACUGCGUCGUGCCAAAUUUAAGUUCCCUGGUCGUCAGAAAAUUUAUGUUUCAAAGAAAUGGGGAUUUACAAAAUACGAUCGUGCUGAAUAUGAAGAACUUAAAGUAGCUGGUCGCCUUGCUCCAGAUGGUUGCAAUGUUAAAUACUUGCCUGAGCAUGGUCCUUUGGAUGAAUGGAAGAAAUUCAGGAAGAUUCUUGCUGCUGCGUAAUGAAUAAAUAAUCUUUUUGACUUCAAUUUCAUUAAAGAAAUUAUACACAAA